AUGCUCUCGUUCACAGCAUUGCUGGCGCUAUCGGCGACUGCGCUCGCAGCACCUUCUAAAUAUGCUUCGCCUACUGUUCGCGUCAAGAAUGGCACUAUUGCGGGUGUUCACUCGACGUCCUACGACCAGGAUUUCUUCCUAGGAGUACCUUUUGCUCAGCCACCGCUUGGUGACCUCCGCUUUAGGCAAGCUCGGUCACUGAACACAACGUGGCAAGGCACACGGGAUGCAAAGCAAUACGCUACUCACUGCGUUGGUUACGGGCUUGAUCAAACCUUCUACAAAGCCUCAGAAGAUUGCUUGUAUCUGAAUGUCGUUCGACCAUCUGGUUACGAGAACAAGGAGCUGCCGGUAGCCUUCUGGAUACAUGGCGGCACAUUCACCAAUGGCGGUGGAGCAGAUCAACGCUACAACCUAUCCUUCAUUGUCGAACAGUCUGUCAAGAUUGGCAAGCCAAUGAUUGGCGUGUCGAUCAACUACCGUCUGAGUGUUUGGGGCUUUACUAGCUCGAAUGAACUUGCUAGCGAAGGCCUGCUCAACAUCGGUUUGAAAGAUCAAAGGUUGGCGCUGCACUGGGUGCAAGAGAAUAUCAAGGCGUUCGGUGGUGAUCCUAAGAAAGUCACAAUCUUCGGAGAAUCAGCUGGUGCGGCUUCCAUUGGGUUUCACCUCACAGCCUACCGUGGACGUGACGACAGCCUCUUCCGCUCCGCCAUCCUGCAGUCUGGUAAUCCGAUUUUCUACAGCGCCCAGGGCGGCUCCAAUGCCUCACAAGCCGCCUUCAACACGGUGGUGUCCAAGGUCGGCUGUUCUUCAGCGUCCGACAAGAUCCAAUGCCUCCGCCAAACCCCCUUCGCAAACCUCAACGCAACAAUGAACGGCACACUCGCCAAUACCGGUGGCUUCGUCCCCGUCACAGAUGGCGACUUCAUCCAAGACUACGGCUCUGUACAACUCUCCCGCGGCGAGUUCGUAAAAGUCCCGAUCAUCGUCGGUGCUAAUAGCGAUGAAGGCGCAUCCUUUGCGCCCACGGGAAUAAACACAACAGCUGAGUUUCAAGCCGCGCUUGCGGCCACUGGUCUUCCAGUUGCUCUGCAGAACAUUAUACUUCAGGCGUAUCCAGAUGAUCUGACCACGAACGUCAUACAAGCACUCGGUGACCAGCGUCCUGCUACGAGCUUCGGAGAGCAGUUCCGCCGCGUGGCGACGUAUGUAGGUGACCAGCUAUUCAUUGCGCCGCGGCGACAGACGACUGUGAGCUGGGCACAGCACAAUGUUACAGCAUAUGCGUACCGGUUCAACGCCGACCAAGCGGGAUUCGCGACGGAGAUGGCUGUUAGUCAUUUCAAAGAGAUCGGCUUCGUAUUCGACAACAUCGAUGGCGUCGGUUUUAGACCGGAUAUUAAGCCCUUCGAAGGGAAGCCCCAACGAUACAUCGAUCUCGCCGAAUUCAUUAGUAGGACUUGGGUUAGCUUUGUGCAUGAUACCGAUCCGAAUAGUUGGAGGAAGGGCAACGCAAGUGUGCCGGUAUGGCCAAAGUACAGUCUGGAAACGCCGGAGGACUUUGUGUUCGAGGUCAAUACCACCAGCAGGGUGGAAGCGGACACUUGGAGAAAAGAGGGAAUUGACUUUAUCAACCAGAACGCAUUGGCGGUAUAUCGUAGGUAA